CGUUUUUUUUUUGCUCCUAUUUUUUUUACCCCCUGGUUGAAUACAAUAAAAAUGUGGAUCAACCAAUCAUAAGGCACACUGAUUAAACGCUGGGAAAAUCCAGAGCUUUAAUCCUUUAGGAUUUUGAAUCACAUCCUUUAGAAUGUGGGUGUGUUUUUUCCACCCGCAGAUUUCUAAAGAAAGUUGCGAAAACGAAAGUUAACUGAUCGUAUCCCAUCACACAUCUACAUCUAUGAUGAUCAUUCCCGCUGCUGCUUCAGUCCGCAAGUUAAACGUGUUCAAAUGGUUUCUUUUGUGCACCUGUGUGCUCGUGAUGUACAUCCAAUGGACUCAUAUAUGGAUGCUCAGGAGUGAAAUGGCUGAGAUAAAGCAUCGCUUCAGGCCUCGUGACGUAUCAGAGAUGGACGGUGGGAUGUGUUGCGCGUGCUGCGGGUGUAAGAUGAACGGGUAUCACAGAUUUAAAGAGACAAACACACACACAGACAUAAGGAACAAGAGAGACGUGACCGGAGAGAAGAAACAGAGACAGAGACGGCACACAGAGCAUCACACAUUUCUUCAUCUUGUUCCUGUGUCAUCUCAGUCUUACAAUGAUGAUGACACCACUGUCCUGUCUUGGGCAGUUGGGCGGAGCAGAGGUAACGGGCUCCAAGUGUCAGGUGAUACAGUAACCGUGGUAACCGAGGGUACUUACUUCAUUUACAGUCAGGUCCUUCAUAAACAUACCACCAGUGUUAUGGGUCACGUGGUCACAAAGAAGCUUAAAGGGGCGGAGUCUAAGCUAAUGAAGUGUCUGAAGAGCAUCCCCAUCAAUGUCAGCCAACCACUCAACACGUGCUACACUGCUGGCAUUCACUUUCUGGAGUCUGGAUCAACGCUUCAACUCUCCGUUCCUCGCACAGCAGCAGAACUCAUUCUAACAGCUCACGCGACAUUCAUGGGCAUUCUCAACAUAUAACAAUUUCUUAUGACCUGCUGUGUCCUUGUGUGCUAUUUUUUAAAUGAAUGCCUCUCUAUUAUAAUGCAAGACAUUCAUGCAUAAAUGUGGCUAUAGCAUACAAAUACUUCUGGGGCCACUUUAUGCUGUCUGUAUACCUAAUACUCAAACAAUUGCAGCUACCUUACAAAUUUUUAAGUGGUGCAUUAGUGACACCUUGUGGUCAAUUGAAACACAUUAGAAAUUGUACGUUUUUCAAAUGGUUAUGAAAAGUCAUUUGUGUUCCAUAUAACCUGUUUGUAUGAUAUAUGUAUGUAACUUAUAUCAAACGUCUGUAUAGAUUACAUGCAAAAAUGGUUGGAAACAGCUUAAAAAUACAAUAUGGACAGCAAUACCAAGAUGUCCUUGUUUAUACUCUAAGUGCCUUGCAAAAUAGCACAAACGAUAUUUGAUUCAUAGCACCAUCACCAUCUGACACUGUACUAUGACAUCACAAUAGUAAAGGUGUGUCCUUAUCAGAUUUUGGCAUGCAUUUUCAAUGAACAUACUACUGUAAUAUAUAAUAAAUUAAGCACUUUUAAAGAGUUUACAUGUUACAAGUAAAUAACACAAGCUUUUGAAUUUACUUCAUUUCUAUUUUAAAUGUAUUGAUUCAUGUUAUUUAUGUGUUAAGACCUUUCCACACAGCAGCUCGUCAUUGCAUCAGCUUUCACUUAAAUUCUGUUCCUUAUCCAUCAGGAAAACCCGGCAGGCAUCAGACUCACUCUUGAGAAUGUCUGUUUUUAAGUUAUCUUAACUGCUUUAACACAAUCUAACCACCAAUGACAAAGCCAACAAUCUCUGUAGGUUAUUUAAUGUUUCAGAGGUUUGUUUGCGUGCCUGUAAUACUAAAGUAAACUCAUUGUCAGGAAAUAUGUCAGAGGAAACAUUUGGUCUCUCGUGUCAUUGAAUAAAAUCACUUUUACCAAA